AUGUCGCGAGAUGCACCUGUAGCAGUGCUGCAAGCUGCCUUCAACAGCAUCGUUGGGGGUUUGCAAGAUAAGCAGAAGGGAGCAGCAACACAGCAGGAGUUUAUUGCAGCCAGUAAAUUUGAAGGAGCCAAGCCUGGUUUCUUCUUCUCUCUCGGAACCAAGGGAGUGGGGUACUAUGCCGACGCCCACCAGCCGAAAGUUGCUGAGCCAGAAAUUGAGGAGCCUAUUAAAAAGGCACCAGUGCAACUUGAUCCCGAGCAGCUGCUGAAAGAGGCAGAGGAGCAGGCAGAGGAGGCCGGGAAUGACCAGGCUCUUCUGGAUGCUAGAGGCUUGAAGCGCUUGGUCCUCUCCUUUGACAGAAAGUACAAGGAGAAUCUGGAGGCGCGCAUGAAGCAUGCGGAUGCCCCAGAGAAGUUCAUGGCCAGCGAGUUGGACCUGGACGAGGAGGUGCGCAGGCUGCAGGCCAUUGCAGGAUACCCGGAGCUCUACCCAGAGCUGGUGCGCUUGGGCGCUGUGCCCUCCAUCCUGACUCUGCUGUCCCACGACAACGGCGACAUUGCAGCGUCCGCCCUCGAGCUCCUGCGAGAGCUCACCGAUGCAGAUGCCAUCGAGGACUCGGAAGAGGAUGCGAAGGAACUGGUGGAUGCCAUGGUUGAGAACAGUGCGCUGGAGUCCCUGGUGCAGAGGCUGUCCUCAUUCAACGAGGCUGUGGAUGAGGAGGCCGUGGCCGUCACAAACACGCUGUCCAUCUUUGAGAACAUGGUCGAGCUGUCACCAGCGGUGGCCGAGGAGCUGGUGAAGCGCACAAAGGUCUUGAAGUGGAUGCUGCAGCGACUGAAGUCGAGGGAGUUUGAUGUCAACAAGGGCUCUGUUGGCGAGGUGCUGGGUGUGCUCCUGCAGAGCAGCCAGGAGAAUGCGCAGAGGCUGGCAGACCUCAAUGGCAUAGACGUGCUGCUGCAGGCCAUUGUGCCGUACAAGAACCGGCCGGCGACGUCGGACGACGAGACGGAGUACGUGGAGAACCUGUUCAAUGCGCUCUGCUCGACGCUGAUGACGCCCAAGAACCGGCAGCUGUUUGUGGAGGCCGAGGGCGUGGAGCUCAUGGUGCUCAUCCUGAAGCAGAAGAAGUCUGUCCGCGCCGGCGCGCUCAAGGCCCUGGACUUUGCAUGCACGCGGUGUCCGGCCGCCUGCGAGCGCUUUGUGGAUGUGCUGGGCCUGAAGACCCUCUUCUCCAUCUUCAUGGGCAAGUCGAAGAUCAAGCGGAGGAAGGGGGAGGAGGGGCAUGAAGGGGACGAGGAGGAGCGAGUGGUUAGCAUCAUCAGUAGCCUUCUCAACAACCUGGCGCGCGGCAGCCGCCGCGACCGUGUCUGCGCCAAGUUCGUUGAGAACGAGUUUGAGAAGUGCGACCACAUCAUGGAGCUGUACACCCGCUACGACGCCCGCGUGCGCGCCGAAGAGGAGCGGCUGGCAGACAUGCCGGAGGAGGAUUUGGAGGACAUGGACGAGGACUACAUGCUGGUGGCGCGCAUGGAGGCCGGGCUGUUCACGCUGCAGCAGUGCACGCUCAUCCUGGGCCACCUCUGGUUCCAUGGCGACGGGCUGACAUUGGAGGGCGUGCGCGGCAAGCUGAAGGAGUUCCAUGACGCCAUCGGCGACGAGGGCGGCGCGGAGGAGGCCGAUCGCCAGCGCGCCAAGGUCAUGCGGCUGCUGCUCGAGCUGGGCUACAAGGAGGAGGAGGCCCUGCCGCCGCUGCCGCCGCCGGACGCCGCGGAGCCGGCCGCCAACGGCGCGGUGGCCGAUGCUGACGAGGAGGCCGACCCCUUCAACCUGGAUGCUCUGCCGGAGACGGGCGCCGCGCCGCCGCCGGCCGAGGCCCGGCAGGGCGCCGCUGCUUCGACGGCCGACGCAGAGAACGGGCGCACCUCCAAAAGGGGUGCUGAGGACGAUGGAGAGAAGGAGAAGGAGAGGGAGCAGCGGCGGCACAGGGACAGGGAUGAGAAGCACAGGCACAAGGAAAAGAGGGAACACAAAGACAGGGAGCGAGGGAAGGACAGGGACACUGACAGAGACCGGAAAGAGAGGCACAGAGAGAAGAGGGGCCAUGAGCGUGAGGUUGACGACAGAGAGGACAGGAAGCGUGACAGGCAUCGUUAGCUGUGAGCCUGUGCAUGCUUGCGUUGUCCUUCUAGCAUCAGCAGCAAUAUGUGGAUGCUGUCAUAUGACAUGCACGGUCCCCGCUCGCAAUAUUUUGUGACAAAUCCAAUUAAUAGCAUCAAUAAGAUCGUUCCUCGCCAUUUUGAAGCUGCAUCCUGCUGA